AUGACUGUCCCAGGCGACGAGCAGCGUUGGGCCGGACAACAAGAAGGAAGAAACAACGGGCGAUCCAGCCGUGGAUGGUCGCAGCAGGAGGAGGAGGAAAAUGGGCUCACUGAACUCGCAGCGCCUGCACCAGCCUCGCUGGAGGAGCGUGGGGAUGAUCUGAGCCGGGAACAGUCAAGAGCAAUAGAGGAAGAGCGCGCCGCGUCCGAAGGCAACGAAGCUGGGCUCACAGAGGUCGCCGCCCCGGUCCCGGUUGCUGAAAGGGAGAGAGGGGACGCGCUAGAAGAUGAGGAAGAGAAAGCAGGACAGGCAGCACACGACGGCGACAGCACAGAUGACUACGCAGAUGCUGAAUUGGCUUCUGGUACCGCUCUUGAAAGAGCACAUAGCAGUCAAGAAUCUGUGCCCGCCAAAGGAUCGGGGGAGGAUGAGAAGGCCGCUGGCUCGGCGCAAGCGAGCACAGCAGCAACGGCUUGGAACGAGACCGUCAUCGUAUCAUGGCUCAUCUUCUUCUCGCUCUUGGGCACGCUCGCCCGGCUGGGUGUGGAGGCGCUGACGACGUACCCAUCCACCCCUUUCGCGUCGACCGUCCUUUGGGCGAACUUGGGAGGUUCGCUUUGCCUGGGCUUCCUUCUCGAGGAUCGCCGACUCUUUAGCAAGACGGUCCCGACACAUCUGAUCACGAACGACAAGGAAGCGACGCAUGGUCAUAUUGCACGUCAUCAGAAAACUCUGCCUCUUUAUAUCGGUCUUGCAACUGGGUUCUGUGGCAGCUUUACCAGUUUUUCAACCUUCAUCACCGACGCCUUCCUCACACUCGCCAACCGCUUGGACUCGGCGUCACCAACGUCUCCGUACCACACCAUUCCUGUGACAUCGAUCCCUGAGCGCAACGGGGGUUACAGUUUUCUGGCAGUCGUCGGCGUUCUUAUCGUCCAUCCCGCCGUCUCUAUUAGCGCCCUCAAGACGGGAGCGCAUAUUGCCCUGGCCACGGAUCGCGUGAUGCCCGGCAUUCCACAAAGGUUCAUUUCUUGCUGGCUUGACUGCAUGGUGCUGAUUCUGGGGCUUGGUUGUUGGAUUGGCGCUGUCCUCUUGUCCAUCUUUCCACCCGGCCCAGCUUCUGCCUGGCGGUCGCGGGCCACGCUGCCACUCAUCUUCUCGCCUCUAGGCGCCCUGCUGCGCUUCUACUUGUCCAGGCACUUAAACUCACGUGUGCCUUCUUUUCCGUUGGGGACCUUCACAGCCAACAUCAUUGGGACCGUCAUUGAAGCCGUGUGCUAUGUCCUUCAGCAUACUGAUAACGUCGUCCUUAGAAACGACCUAGUCGAUACGGACGCUUGUACAGUGCUUCAGGGGUUGAUGCAGGGGUUUUGUGGCUGUCUCACGACGGUGAGUACCUGGGUGGCGGAAUUGGACGGGCUCAGAAGGAGGCAUGCGUGGGUAUACGGGCUGAUGAGUGUGGCAGUGGCGUUGGGUUUCCAGGUUGCCAUUAUGGGUAGUGUGCUCUGGGCGCGAGGAUUUGUUGACAGCUGUGGAGCAUUUGCAUGA